UCACAAUUUGCAUCCAUAUUUCAAUCUCCUAAUCAAAUUUCACUUUCUUCUCUUCAAAAACGCUGCUAUGGCCGGAGGAAAAUCUAAGAGCAAGGCCUCUAAGAAGAAGACCGUCGCCGAGGCCACGAGCUCUGCGCCUCAACCCUUUCCGUACCUGGACGAAUCCUUCUUGGAGUUCGGGUCGGAAGAGGAACUCUCUCGUUUCAUCACCUAUUUCGCCAAGCGCCCCAUCUCUCCGCCAAGGGUGCUACCCGAGCCAUACCCUCAACAGAAGGGUUACUACGACCUUGACAAUCAACUCAAGGAGUCGGAUAGCACCUUCCGGAAGAAGUCCGGAGACCAAGACGGCGCAGGACCAAGUCGGGCUCCAGCCCCCGCUCCCGCCAAGGCCUCCUUACAGUCCAUAGCCGAUACCCUGAAUCGGCUAACCAUCACCGUGGACGGCAUGGGCCAAUACUUGGAGCGGAUGGAUAGCACGCUGCAACGCCAACACCACGACAUGAGGGCGUUCUUCCGCGGCAUCAACUACGUCCCGCCGCCCUUUGACAGCACCUUCCUCGGCCAGAACUAUGAAGGCGAGGACGAGGAGGAUGACUCCUUUGCUCCGUCUUCCUCCCCUGACGAGGCCGAUUUUGAGGACGCGGUCGACGGGGAUCCCAUGGACGUUGAGGACGACGAAGAAGACGAUGACGCUGAGGACGUGGACGCCGCUUCCUAGACUCUUCUUUUUUUUUUCUUCCUUACUAUGAUUGUCCUUUUUAUUAUUAUUUCCAUUCCGUUGUAUUCCGCAUUUUCUCCUUUUUUAAUGAAUAAAAGUUCACUUUUAAACUCUAAAGUUCACUUUUAAUUCUUUUUGUUAAUGUCAAAAGGGGGAAGAUAUCAAGGUUAUGCAUAAAUUGAGGGGGAAUUG